AGAGCAAUUUUUCGUCCGCUAGUUCAAUGAAAUGAAAUCUGUGAGGCGACUGCUACAAAAAAAAACUAGAAUGGCGGAGGAAAAGAAUGAUACACCAUUGACUGAUGAAUCAGAAGAGGAAGGAGAAGGAGAGCCAGGAGUGGAGAUGAUAGAGCCUCCAGAACAAGAACCAAUCUCUUUAGACCCAAAUGCUUAUGAUGUAGAUCUGACACAUAAGAGAGUGGUUCAAAUCAUUGGCUUUGAAGUACUGACCCAGGUGGAGACUCUGUGUCUGCGUCAAAAUGAAAUCAAGAAGAUUGAAAACUUGGAGACCCUGACGACCUUGACCGACCUUGACCUCUAUGAUAAUCAGCUGAAAAAGAUUGAAGGCCUGGAGACACUGGUAGAGCUGACCAUUCUAGACCUGUCUUUCAACAAGAUCAGGACCAUAGAGAAUCUGGAAACCCUGGUCAAGAUAAUGAGGAUCUUCCUUAUCAAUAACAAGAUCUCCAAGAUCGACAACCUCAGCCAUUUCACCAAUCUCAAUAUGCUGGAGCUGGGGGACAACAGGAUACGAAAAUUAGAGAAUCUUGAUACUUUAGUCAACCUUGAGAGUUUGUUUGUUGGGAAGAACAAGAUCACAAAGCUGGAAAACCUGGACAAGCUCACAAAGCUGCGAGUUCUUAGUAUACAGAGUAAUCGCAUCACCAAGCUCGAGGGUCUUGAUGCAGUGACAAGCUUGGAAGAACUCUACAUUAGUCACAAUGGCUUAGAAGUUAUAGAAAAUCUAGAAAACAAUGUUAAUCUUACAACGCUAGAUCUAGCAGGUAACAAGAUCACAAGGAUACAGAAUGUCGGUCAUCUGGUGCUUCUCGAGGAGUUCUGGUUCAACAACAAUCUCCUGGACCACUGGAAAGACGUCGAUCAGCUCAAAUCCCUCGCCAAACUCGAAACGGUCUACCUAGAACACAACCCCAUCUACAAGGACAAGAUGUACAGGAACAAGAUUAAACUAGCCGUCCCCCACCUCAAGCAAAUAGACGCAACCUACUGCAGGCAGUAGCAUGUUGUUCCAUACUUACUCCUGCCACCAUUGCUCUGCGCCAAUGUCCUACACUAACUGAAUUUUUAAAGGUAUAGACCAGUUUUUGAAACGCCCCCUCAAAAAAUGAAAUGGAAGCUCUGAUUACCAAUCAUGUGAAAGAAUAUGUUCUGACUAAU